AACACACUUGCAUUGAGAAGCUGUUUGUCAUUUAGGUUGCACUUGGUUUCAAGUUUUAUAAAGUUUUCUAAGUUAUUUCAAGUAAUAUGGAGUUUUUUCUAGUCUUCAAAGCUUACGUCAUCAUCUAUCUCAUAUCGUUUCCAUGUAGACAAGUGAAUGGAGCAAUCGAUUACACUGAACAUAAAGUGGUAUCGAGGAGAGAUGGCAACACUGUGACUAUCUUUGUUGGUAAAGAAAGACAUAUUAUUUUUAAUUCAAGACAAGAGUUUCCUGCGGAUUUAACUAAAGCAGUGUGCUUUCAACUGGAUGAGAAGGCAGCCAAUUCCCUGCCAAUAGAUCCAAUGCAAUUUAUACUUUUCAAUGAGGAUAACAGUGAAAAUUCAAUGGCUAGCUAUUUUUCUCAUCAGUCCACCAGAAUAUUCUCAUGCCAGACAGAAGGCUUGUUUGUGUUUCUUCAUGUGGAAAGGACAUACAAAUACGAUACCGCUGGAAAUACUGCUGUGAAAAGUAUAAAAUAUAAUUCGGAUGUAUUGAAAGUUCAAAAUGUGAUUUCAAGACUGCCUUCUUGUCUUGCUUCCAUUCCAAAAAGUGUAGAAGUGAGAGAAAAAACUUACAGAGAGCAUGGAGACAUCAUAAAAUCUUCAGAAUGA